UACGCUUAGCAUUACUCUUCAAAAUUGAAAAGCAAAGGCUUGGACUGGAAGUUUUGGAGUUCCGUUUGCCACACGCGGAAGCAGAACACCUGUCAAAACGAUCAAAACGGUCUUCUCAAAUUUCUUUCCCGGCAUUUUCUGGCUGCAAAUCUUCGUUUUUUUCUCAAAUUUCGUUUUUUUCUAUCAUUGAACAAGUGGUGGGGUUUCUUCAUGCUUUCAGCAUUUUUUCUGUGGUUGAAGACGCUUAAGAGAACCCAAGUUUCCGAUCUGUUUCUCAUUUCUGGAUCGAAUUCGUCGGAUUGGAUUGCAGUCGGCAUCUGAAGCCUUGGAGUCAUUUGGAAGGGGAGGAUAUUUGGACAAACAACAUAUUAAAAUGUCGCUUGUGUUGCCUAGCACUUCAGAAGCGUCCUUGCAAGUUUUUUCAGGAGCUAUACCCAAAUCUUUAUUCCCUGAUACAUGUAAUAGAAAACUAGACUCAAGUUUUCUCUCUAGAUCCCAUGUAAGGCGUAGAAAGAGAAGGGUUUCAGUGUAUAUGCAAUUGCUAAAUUGUUCAAUGGUGCUACAAAAUCACCCAAAGAUCUCCACUGUCCAUGGUAUAGGGCAUGUUUCCCAUGGAAAUAUUGUAUUUUCUCAAUCAAUGUCUGUGAAUUGCCAAUGCCAACGUACAGAAAGUACUGGUGAGUUAACUGCAAAGGAUGGAAAUGUGAACUGGCUAUUGGAUGCAGUUCAGAAACCUAACCCACUCAAUAGUGUUAUGAAUGUUCCCAAUGUUCUAGAGUUUGAAGAGGUUCAACAAUCAAAACAUGAAAGUGAAAGUUCUGGUUCCAAUGGUAAAUUAGCUUCAGUUGAAAAGGUCAAAGAUAGCUUGCAUAAAGUUGGCAUAGAUUCUCUUGAGGAUGAGGCAUGGAAUCUUCUACGUGAAUCUGUAGUCUAUUACUGUGGUAGUCCCAUUGGAACAAUUGCUGCCAAGGACCCAACCGAUUCCAAUGUACUGAACUAUGAUCAGGUCUUUAUCCGUGAUUUCAUACCUUCUGGAAUAGCAUUUCUUUUGAAGGGAGAGUAUGACAUUGUCCGUAACUUCAUCCUUCAUACACUUCAAUUACAGAGCUGGGAGAAAACAAUGGAUUGCCAUAGUCCUGGUCAAGGGCUGAUGCCUGCCAGCUUCAAGGUGCGCACUGUUCCACUUGAGGGUGACGAUUCUGCAACUGAGGACAUUUUGGAUCCUGAUUUUGGAGAGGCAGCAAUUGGCCGUGUUGCACCAGUUGAUUCUGGACUGUGGUGGAUUAUACUACUACGAGCAUAUGGAAAAUGCUCUGGAGAUCUCUCAGUUCAGGAGAGAGUUGAUGUACAGACUGGAAUUAAGAUGAUUUUGAGGUUAUGCCUUGCAGAUGGUUUUGAUAUGUUCCCAACAUUACUGGUGACUGAUGGUUCUUGUAUGGUAGACCGACGCAUGGGAAUUCAUGGCCAUCCUCUGGAAAUUCAGGCAUUAUUUUAUUCAACACUUCUUUGUGCCCGAGAGAUGCUUGCUCCAGAGGAUGGGUCAGCUGAUCUGAUCCGAGCACUAAACAAUCGUCUGGUCACAUUAUCAUUCCAUAUCAGAGAGUACUAUUGGGUGGAUAUGAGAAAACUGAAUGAGAUCUAUCGCUACAAAACAGAAGAGUAUUCAUAUGAUGCUAUCAACAAGUUCAACAUCUAUCCUGAUCAAAUUCCUCCUUGGCUGGUGGAUUGGAUGCCCAAUAAAGGAGGCUAUUUAAUUGGAAAUCUGCAGCCAGCCCACAUGGAUUUUCGUUUUUUUGCACUUGGGAAUUUGUGGUCUAUAGUUAGCAGUCUUGCAACAGUGGAUCAAUCACAUGCCAUAUUGGAUCUCAUUGAAGCCAAAUGGACAGACUUGGUGGGGAAUAUGCCAUUCAAGAUAUGUUAUCCUGCUCUUGAAGACCAGGAGUGGAGGAUUAUCACCGGAUGUGAUCCUAAGAACACGCCUUGGUCCUACCACAAUGCAGGUUCUUGGCCAACUUUGCUCUGGCAGCUCACAGCGGCGUGCAUAAAGAUGAAUAGAUCAGAGAUUGCAGUGAAAGCUGUGGAGGUUGCAGAGAAGCGGAUAUCAAGGGAUAUGUGGCCUGAAUACUACGACACCAAAAGUGCAAGAUUCAUUGGCAAACAGGCACAUCUGCUCCAGACAUGGUCGAUUGCAGGAUAUCUCGUGGCAAAGCUCCUCCUUGCCAAUCCUAGUGCAGCAAGUGCGCUGAUAAAUGAAGAGGAUAAGGAUCUUGCCAAUGCUUUUUCUUGCAUGAAUGCUAAUCCAAGAAGGAAACGUGGUCGGCAGGGGGCAAAACAGAGCUAUAUUGUUACGUGCCUUAAGAGAACUUACCCCUAAACCCAAGCACAUAUAUACCCCACGACAGCAUCCCAUUCUAUCAAUGUGGGAUACUUCACAUUAUUAUCCCAUACUACCAACAUGGGACAAUAACAUAUAUCGUAUGAACUACAUGUCAUGAAGUCCAUACUUGUGUCAGAGAAAAUCUAGGGGAGUGGAUGAUAAUUGAUAAGCACUUACUAUUAACUCGGUCCGGAUUUUGAUCAUCAUCGACCAUCAGUGGCUGGUUCUACGGGUUAAUUUAGUUUGUAUACAUUUUCGAUUCGUCUGUUUCAUAUUUUUUUUGGCGGGUUCAUUGGUUCUGAAUCCAUGGCCAAGCUGUAACUUGUAACUCCACAAGGAUGAAACCUGUAUAAUAGUACUGAGUUCUCAUUCAUGUACCAACUAUAUGGACUACAUGAUCUUGUUUCACCA